ACUACUUCCGUUCAAAAUGGCGAUGUUGGCUGAACCUCGACGUAAACAAAAAAUAUCGAUAAAUCCUCAAGGGACAAAUUGGAGUAAUGAUGACAGCAAAUUUGGCCAGAAAAUGUUGGAGAGAAUGGGUUGGUCUAAGGGCAAAGGCCUGGGAGCUAAAGAAAAUGGCCAAGUUGAACAUGUGAAAAUAAGCUUUAAAAAUGACCAGAAGGGAGUUGGGUCUAACAAGAACCAAGCAGACAACUGGAUAGCUCACCAGGAUGACUUCAACAGCUUGCUAGAGACACUGAAUGAGGGUCAUGGAGGAGGGGAGGUGGAUUCCCCUGUCGCUCACCAGGUGGCCAGUCUCGAGAAGAAGUCCCAGUCAUCGCGAAGCAGAGUACAUUACAGCAAGUUCACGAAGGGCAAAGAUCUGUCAUCAAGAUCACAUGAAGAUCUCAAAUGUAUAUUUGGUAAACGUGCAGCCAAACCUACCUCUGGAAAGAACUCUCCAGCACUUGAAUCAAGUGAAUCCUCAGGGUCUGAAGAAUCGAAGGCUGACAUGUCACAUGGGUUCAAUACCAUAAACAGCACCUCUACAAUGCAAGAAUAUUUUGCCAAAAAGAUGGCUGCCAUGAAGGGUCAGACGUCAUCACCAUCAAGGGAAGAUAAAUGUGGACUAGAAUCAGAUACUAUAGAACAGCCAGCAGAGUCAGCAGCUGACUCUCACUGUCGGAAGAAAAAUAAGAAGUCCAAACGAAAAACUAAGGACUUAGAUAUAGAAGAAACUGAGAAUAAUAAUUCAGAUAUGCAUAUAGAACAUAGUAAUUUAGGCAGUUGUGAUGUUGAGCCUAAGAAAAAGAAAAGCAAAAAGUGUAGAAGGAAGCACUCCGAGACAGCCGACUCACCUGGUGAUGACAAGACAGUAGGUGAGGAG